AUGGAUCAUGUUCGAGAGUUUUCUUGCGGCACACUGUACUAUCGAACAUUCUUCGUGGACUCCAAGAGAGAUGCCCUAUACGUAGGUGCUAUGGAUCGGUUAUAUCGGCUAAAUAUGAAUAACAUCAGUGCAUCGCAUUGUGAAAGAGAUUCAAUAAAUUUGGAGCCGAGCAACGUAGCACAAUGCGUGUCGAAAGGAAAAUCUGAGCACUUCGAUUGUCGGAACCAUGUUCGUGUGAUUCAGCCUAUGGGAGAUGGCUCUCGGCUGUACGUAUGUGGCACCAAUGCUCACAGUCCAAAAGACUGGGUCUUAUAUUCAAACUUAACGCAUCUACCUCGCCAUGAAUACGUUCCAGGCAUUGGUAUGGGGGUCGCUAAAUGCCCCUACGACCCUGCAGAUAAUUCAACAGCAUUAUGGGUAGAGAAAGGCAACCCUGGUAGCCUACCAGCCUUAUACUCAGGAACCAACGCAGAGUUCACUAAGGCCGACACUGUAAUCUUCAGAACCGAUCUUCACAAUCUGACAACUGGACGACGGGAAUUCGCUUUCAAGAGGACCUUGAAAUAUGAUUCUAAGUGGCUUGAUAAACCAAACUUUGUGGGAUCUUUUGAUGUGGGCGACUAUGUUCUCUUUUUCUUCCGUGAAACUGCCGUGGAGUAUAUCAAUUGUGGCAAAGCUGUCUACUCGAGGGUAGCCAGAGUAUGCAAGAGAGACACCGGUGGCAAAAACAUCCUAAGCCAAAACUGGGCCACAUAUCUGAAGGCAAGACUCAAUUGCAGUAUACCGGGAGAGUUCCCAUUUUACUUCAAUGAAAUACAAAGCAUCUAUAAAGUACCCGGUGACGACACACGAUUCUAUGGAGUCUUCACGACGGCUUCCACGGGUCUAAUGGGUUCAGCUAUCUGCACGUUUACGAUCGGAGACAUUCAAAAAGCAUUUGAAGGGAAAUUCAAGGAACAGGCUUCUUCCAGCUCUGCCUGGCUACCCGUUAUAAGCAGCAAAGUCCCUGAGCCAAGACCUGGCACUUGUGUCAACGACACAGCGUCUUUACCGGACACAGUUCUCAAUUUUAUAAGAUCUCACCCAUUAAUGGACAGCGCGGUUUCUCACGAGAACGAAAAGCCAAUAUACUACAAACGGGACCUUUUCUUCACGAGGCUAGUAGUAGACAGAGUCAAAGUUGACAUGAUGGGUCAUCCACUUGACUACACAGUCUACUAUGCUGGCACAAAUGAGGGCAAAAUCCAUAAGAUUGUACAAUGGACACGUAAUGGGGACAGCCAGUCCGCACUACUUGAUAUCUUUGAUGUCACUCCUGGUGAACCCAUUCAGGCUAUGGCAAUAUCACGACUCCAUGGCUCCCUCUUUGCGGCUUCAGACCAACGUGUGCUACAGUUACGCCUUGCGUUGUGCGCACGAAGAUAUGAUGCCUGUGUGAGAUGCGCACGCGACCCUUACUGCGGGUGGGACAGGGAUGCUGGCGUAUGCAGGGAAUACAAAUCUGGCCUAAUACAAGACGUAGCUAACGAAACAGCAGAUAUCUGCGACUCAUCCAUAUCUCGUAAAAGUGUCUCCGCGACAUGGGGCCAAAGCUUGCAUCUCGGCAGCUUCGUGAAAAUGCCUGAAGUCCUACAGCCUAGGGCUGUGACGUGGUAUCAUUAUUCCAGGGAGAAAGGUCGACAUCCUAUAACCUUCAAUAAACCGGAAAAGUAUAUUGAAACAUCGGAGCACGGUUUGCUGAUUAUCUCGGUAAAUGAAGCUGAUGCAGGAAGAUAUGACUGCUGGUUAGGAGGGUCUCUCUUAUGUUCUUACAACAUCACAGUAGACACUCACAGAUGCUCUCCUCCUGAGAAGAGUAAUGAGUACCAGAAAAUAUAUUCAAAUUGGUGUCAUGAAUUUGAAAAAUAUAAAAGCGCUAUGAAAACUUGGGAACGAAAACAAGAACAAUGCGCAAGACAUAAUGAUUCGAAUCAGAACACACAUCCAAACGAAAUAGUGUGA